UUCAUUCGUCGCGAAGCAUUUGUUCGAUCUCAAUUUCUCGAGAAACAGAACUGAAAAAUAUUUGCCAGACACUCGACGGAACGAGAUUAACCAGAGAUCUAAUAACCUAAUUGCUCUCGAAUGAAAUGACAGAAGAGCUAUGCUAUAUAUGUCCUAUUUUCCUCAGUGACAGGUAGCAAAAUGAUUCAAAUUCGAACUGGUUUUCCAUGCGCGUGAAAACAUUGCGAACUGCUUGUCCGCGCACGUAAUAAAAAUAGAAGAGGCAUAAGAGAUUGAGAUACCGUUCGUUCGCAUUCAUGGCCGCGAAUACGUUCGCGUUGAUUCGCCAUUGAUUCACGGAAGACUGCACCUGUGACCAAGAUGUACCAGGCACGCGUGCACGGCGCAUACAUAAAAUAUGUUGUCUGCACCAGAUAAGACACCCACCCCACCACGUGCAUCGCGAGCGAUAAAGUCCGACGUAAAACGACGAUCCGUCAAUAGACCGUUUUAUCGCUGUCGUGAGCCUUCGCGGAAAGAUAAUAACGCGUGACAGGUAGAGAAAUUUUCUGGAGUCGUUUUACGCUCGUCGCGAUCGCUGUACGAAAAUGUUUCAGCAAACUACGCUUUUUCUCGCGCUUUCCUGGGCUGCGCUCUGCCUAGCGACAAAAUUUCAGGAAGGUCACCAUGAAAUCACAUCGAAAGCGAGCAUAGGGAAGAAAACGACGUUCUCCGAAUCGGAAAUUCUUUUAUCUGUAACAGUAUGUGCGGCUGGGGUCGUGCUAAUUGUUCUCAUUCCAACGAUCGUUUACAAUAAAUGCUUCAACAAGGAGGUGGAAAUCGAGAAGUACUAGAUACUAUACAACCGACCAGAAUCACCAGGAUGUCGCGUCGAUCGGAACAGCUGCACGAAAUAAUCGUCGCCUGAUCAAUCAUCGAUCCGUUCGAACAAUCCUGAAACAAUACACAUUCGUGACUGAUCACAUAUCCAAGUUUUCGUGGAAUCGAUCCCGCGGGAUUUAACGUCAAAUUCAGCGUAACGAGCGGGGCGAAUGCGACCCGGCCGCGAUUAUCAAUUUCAUCGGGAGUCUCGUAUGCAAAACACAACGAUCGACGUCGUUACACAAAAAUUUCCGUCCUCGUUACGCGUUCAUCGUAAACUGACGCCCCACACGUGCGUCCGUGAGAAGAUACUAACCGUAAAAUCGGUGAGAAUAAACACAGCGGGGCUGUGAUCAACUGAGAUUUUACGACUCUCGAACAAUGAACGCGGACAUCGAGUCGACGUAUCACUUUAUUAGUACUUCACACGUCUAUUAUUAUUGGUAUGAAUUUGAGGGAUUGUUUACUUAUUCGAAAUAAAAGUAAAAGUUUCUUUGGUAGAUCCUAUCCACAGGCGCUCUGAUCUACGAAGCACCUGUCACCGUGAAUCGUCCCAUUGUUAUUAUUUAUCAAAAUAGCCCAAGUACGAUCAACUAUUGCCAGUCAUUAAUUUCAAGCGACUGCAUCGCAAAUAAACAUGAGAUCCGGUUCCACCAUCAGACAAGAUCGUGUUUAUUUCCCGAAUUUCAUAAUUACUCAUUGUGGCCACGUUUUGGGAAUUUUGUUGCAUCGAACGCCGUGCGUCGAGCCGAUUAUUUCAGGCAAACUGAGUACGUCGGUUUGGAUAACGGCCGCACACCGAGCCGUGUCCGUUAACGCGGCUACUGAAUACGUAAUAAUUUUCGUCCAGCGUGGAAUCGAACCGGGGAAAUAAAAACGUCGCCUACCAAUCACGAUGGCUUUCCGCGUUUGUUUACGCGCGCAGCGUCCCGUUUCGAUUAAAUGGAAUAUCCGUGCGGUCGAAGAAAAUUGAUCGACUGAGUUUAUCAUAUUAUUACGGGACGCUGGGAAUCUCGACGCUUUCCGAUUCGUUUCCCGACUGCUACGUCACUGGGACCGACGAAAUUGCCGAUAAUAUGUUUCAUCGAUUCGUUCACAGCUCACACUGCCGCGCAUCCGAUUCUAUAAUCCAUUUAAAAAUUGAAUUCCUAAAUUCUUGAAUCAUUAAAUUAUUGUCAUCGACGAAUUAAAAAAUCUAUAGAAAAAAUUGAUACAAAUUUACGUAUUAUAUUGAACGUUGGAUGAGUAUGUAGCUCGCGAUGGACAGGUCUCAGGCAAUUUACGUAACGAAAACCACCCUAACUCGCAUUCGACUUUCCCCAAAUUUUUCAGAAACCAACCCCAUUUACGUGUCCGUGUCGCAAAUCAAUAGAGACGUCUCCCUGUUUGUGGGCGAGGGAAAAAAAGGAUAUCACGCGAUCGUGGACGACGAAACGUCGGUCGUAAAUUGGUGGAGCCCGUGGGUGGGGCCAGGCGUGACAAUAUAAGCCGUGUACAUGAAACCUUUACAGAGCGAAUGGUAAUAUAAAGUUUAAUACGGCCUCGAACUUCCGUGGAUUAUGAUCGGGGAGGCCUGUCGCUGCUCGGCGUUUCCUCGUCGCAUUGCAAAUUUGAAACGUUUCUUUAAGGCAUGAGACUGUCCGGGUUUUAUACUCCGCGAAAAGCUUACUCAGGAAUUUCACAGCCACUCGUCGAGAGUUGUAGGAAGUUGUAACUCUUUCCAAGCGUUCGUAUAUAUGCAAAAUUUCUGGGUGUAAUUUCACUCGACUGAAGAGAAAAUUAAGCGAAAAUAUUACACCAUUCGGCAACUAGAAUCCCUGAUAUUAAGUCAAUGCUCGAUAGAACUGGCUUGUCGUGAAAUCCAAUCGUCUGGUACGAAAUGCAGAGAUGCAUAAUGCAGAGAAGCAAUAGGUGCAGAAAUAGAAAUGGUACAACUAGUUAUACAUGUAUAGAGUCGUGCAGUUCUGUUUCCGUAUGGUACUGACUUGCCAUGGUUGGAUAACGUUGUACGGUAUCGAUUGCUGGUACGAUACCACCGAACGAUAAGCUCAAUUUUACUGACAGUCGAGAGAAAUAAUUUCAUAAAUUCUAUCAAUUUUGAAUUAGACGUUCGAUGAAAUUUUUUGUAUACGACUCGACUAAAGUCCCAAAACGACUCGAAAUGUUUCACACGAUAAAAAUUUUGUUCAUCUCAGCUAGAGGUCGCUUCGAUAUCACAUCCAACGUUAUCGAGCCAGAAUGGAAUGAGACUUCAGCACUAUCGCCGGUAAGAAUUAUUAUACAAACAUCAUUGAAGUAAAUUACUAUCCCGCAGUAAAUUGGGUUUUGCAACAUACGAAAGCCUUGCAGAAAAAUUCACUUUUGAGAUGCAGAAUGCUCCUGUAAAUUUUGUCACGUAGAAAUUUUCAUUGGAAAGAAGCGUAGUUGUCUAUCUUGGGCAACGUUGCUUUAAACGAAACACUCCAUUAGCUUGGACCACUACGCAACAUUUUCCACAUUUUUAUCUAAACCCUUCCCUCGGUAGUUUAAAGAGAACACUUUGUAACAGGCUCUUAAAAUCGCUCGGAUUCUACUAAAUCGGAGAACGUGCAGCAUUCUCACGAGACGAUAAAAUUGUUAUAACCAGCAAUGAAUCUUGAUUACACGGCAUGCUGGACUGCGCGUAAUUUAUUAACGUUAUCUACCGUUCGAUGAUGUUCGCGAUAGCAACUCCAGGUCGAUUAUAGCCGGGAAUUAUCAUCCUUUUAUGAGAAGAAAUUGAUUCGAGAAACAAGAUUACUUUGUUUCCAAGUUCUACGGGCCUGGCGAAACGCGGGAAAAAUUUUCUCUCUCGAAGAUUUUCAAAAUUGUGCAUGAGCAGAGAGAUUAGAAAGUAAAGUUCUGUAUUCUUCUGUCGCAAAGACAUUUAAUAGCGAUGGGGUUCCACGUGACCCCAGAGAAGGCGAUCAGGUUCACGAAAUACAGCGUGGCGUUGGUGUUUUCCUGGCCACCUUCGCUUCUGGCGACCAAAGCUCAACUUGCAUUCUUCAAUAUAAUGUGGUACGUCUCAUUCUUUAGCUCGCUGGUACUGCUCUUGCCACUGUUAGGAUCAAUUUUUGAGUACGGUAAAGAGCCCAUAAUUCUUGGAAAAACAGUGAGUCUUUUCUCGGCUGUCGCCCAGGUGGCGAUUAAAAUGGCAGUUUGCCGCGUGCAGCAGAAACGAUUUCAAGCCCUGUUCUUCGACCUGGAGGACUUCUGCAAGCGCGCCACCAAGGAAGAGAGAAUCGUCCUUCAACGCUACGUGGACAGAUACAAAUGCUUCCAUGGGGUUUACAUAUUCUGGUGUUUCAUUACCACAGCGUUCGUUAUAGCUGGCCCGUUGUACACGCCGCAGACGUUUCCUACGCAUGCGAAAUACCCGUUCCCGGUGGAACGGCAGCCGCUGAAGAGCAUUAUAUUUCUGCAUCAGUCGCUUGUUGGCUUCCAGGCCUCCGCGGGCAUGGCGAUCGACGCUCAAGUUGCCCUUCUUCUGCGAUACGUGUCGGCCAGGUACGAGCUUUUAACGAUCCUGUUGCGGGAGGUCAAGUCGGACGGAGAGCUCAACGACUGGAUAAGAAAGCACGUUGAACUUUUGAGGUACACGAAGGAAGUAUACAGAUCCGUCAGGAUAUUAGUCUUGGCAACAGUGGCGACGACAAACGUAGCCGUGAUUUUUGGCAGUUUGAACUUGGUCACGAGUCAACCGUUACCUUUGAAAGCUUUGUAUGCUCUAGUGGUGUUCAGCGCUAGCGUGGAAUUAUUCAUGUACGCUUGGCCAGCUAAUAAUCUAAUUCAAAUGAGUGCAAAAACUGCUGUGGCUGCUUACAAUACAAAUUGGAUCGAGAAGGACGUUCGAAUGCAGAGAAAGAUUGUUUGUAUCAUUCUGAGAUCCCAAAUACUGGAAGCCAUUCGAAUCAGCGGCAUUCUUCCGAAGCUUUCGUUGUCGUAUUACACGACGUACCUAUACACGUCGUUCUCCUAUUUCACCGCAGUGCGUAUCAUAGUUGAAAACACCAAUGUCGAUUGAAGCAUGACCUAACAGUAAUUUUUAGCGAUAACAGCAAGCAGAAGCACAUAGUCGAUAUCUUGAGAAGGGAUUUGAAAUGAAACUGUAAGUAACGUUGAGAAGAAAACGGCUCAAAAGCUAUGGUUAAACCUACAACAAUUGCUAUAUAUUCCUUCGACUAAUGAGAUAUAAACUGUGCUUACUACAAAUGCAGAAUAACAAAGGUACACCAAGUAUUCGAAAGCUAAGUACUAUUCGACGAAAUAAUCUUAACAUAAGAAACAUCAGGGAAUGUGGAGAAUAAUUCACAAGCUACCAUUACAGCGGCAAAAUGUAUAAUAUAUUGAUAGCGCUGGGGUAGCAUCUACGCAAUGGAAUUGACCAAUAGUUGGUACCACGUGAAAGUAUGCUAACAUCCCUCUGCUUUGCAUACAGUAUUCAUUACAGUGCUCUCUUCCGUGUAAAUUUUAAAUUC